GAGUGGCUACCAAAAUUCUUAGUUGGAAGUUGAUAAUGUUUGGUGUUGAUGUAAAACGUUAGGAUCACAGGUUUCACAUGGUGGUGAAUGGUGUGAUCCCUUCAUCACUUGCUAGCGUGGUUUUGUUUGGCUGGAACUUUCUUUUAUUUGAAUUCGUUCCUUCGAUCCAAAACCAAAGACACCGUUUUUACCUGGAACCGAGCGCCGGAAACGUCGUCAAUGGGGGGGGGGGUGGCGUGGAGGUUUUCGGCAAGAAAGAGCGUGUGGUUACAGUAGUUCUAUUGGGAUGGCUUGGGGCCAAAACGAAGCACCUUAAGAGGUUCGUGCAGUGGUUUAAUUCCCAAGGCAUCCACGCCGUCACUUUAAUCGUCCAAGUCACGGAUGUGCUGUUGGUCGAUUUGGGAACCAGGCUCGAGCAGCGGAUGUCUGCAUUUGGAUCCCAGCUGAGCUCGUGGGUAUCAGGGAAGGAGGACGAUGGUAGAGAACGGUGUUUGAUCUUCCACACCUUUAGUAACACUGGUUUGUUUACGUAUGAGCUGGUUCUAGUGUGAUAAAUGUUGCUUUCCUCAUUUGCUCGGCUUGCAGAAAAAGUAAAUCUUCUGUGUUGUUUGGCUUUAGCAAAGUCGGGUUAUUCUCGUUUGCAGGUGUGGUGUAAUUCUUGACAGUUUUCAGGGAAGAGAUGACAUGAAGAAGAAGAUAAGAGAGAUUAUUAUUGAUUCGGGAUGAGGGGGCUUGUUGGACCCCAAGGUAUUCUUUUUAUUGUUUUUAUGAAGUUAUACUUAUUUGGUAGCUUUCUAUUUCACCGAGUUGCCAUCGUACUUUAUUUUGAUGGUUUAUGUUUAUAAUUUGCUCUGUAUGGAUGAUCCAUGAAGAUUAGUAACUGGACUUUGAAUUCAUUUCUUGUUCCAAAUUAGGAGGCUGAUUUCUUAGUCUAGCUCCUUUGCAAUUAAGGCUUUCUCGGAAUUUCAUCAGAAGCAUAUUACGGAUUGUUAUGCGCUGCCGAAUAUGUAGAAACCUUUUAAGAGGAGAAAGAAACUUGUACCAGAUAAUACAACCCUCUGUAUCACCUUUUAAGAGAAGUUUUCUAAUGUAGAGCUGUUGUUGUUUUGAGAAGUCAUAAACUGUUUGGCUGCUGAUUCGACUAUUUAAUUUAACUCUCUGUUUCAGUAAAAUAGGAUCAUAACAAACUUGCCUAAUCCCAGUUAAAGGGGAUGAGUACAGGUUCUACACUUCUACCUGAGAGAGUUGGAUGUUUCUAUUACUUGGCAGUCCUAUUCUGUGGUUUUAUGGAAUUUUUUUUAAUGUGUUAUGUAAUUUACAUUUUGUUAAGUUCAUUGUGAAACCUCUAUAUUUUGAUGUGCCAAAUAAUAUAUCAUUCAUGCAUUAACUGUAGCGCAGAACAUUACUGGAACAUGACCUGGGAACUUUAGUACUUUUACACAAAAAGUAUGGGUACUGUAGUGUAAAAUAGCCUGGGUUUAUUUGCCCUGGUUUUUGGACAUUGUAAUCUUGUUUAAUAGAUUUUCUCUAUGCUU